AUGGCUCUCCCGUCCAAACCGGCCACAACGGUCAUCAUCAUCGGCGCCGGGUUUUCCGGAGUGGCUAUGGGAUGUCAACUGAAACGCAACUAUGAUCUGGAAGACUAUUGUAUCUACGACCGCUGCUCUGGGAUCGGAGGUACCUGGCUGCGGUGUAGAUAUCCCGGAAUAAGCUACAGCCUCUCCUUUGCGAAGAAUUUUUCGUUCACAAAAUUGUUCCCUCAACAGUCCGAGGUUUUGGACUACAUUUCUGACGUGGCCCGGACUUAUGGUGCCACUUGGAAGGAGGAUACCCAGACCUGGCUCCUGCAAUUCGAGGACCUGCACACUGGCCGGCAUUUCACGCAAGCCUGCCGUAUUUUGAUCUCCGCCGUUGGCGGGGUGGUCAAUCCUCAUCCUUUCACGGUGCCAGGCGUCGAAAGAUUCAAAGGUCCGAUUGUACACACUGCUGAGUGGAGGUCGGACUUCGACCUCCGAUAUAAGCACGUCGCCGUCAUUGGCAAUGCGAGACACCCCAUUACCUGGUCUCCACCGAAAACAAAUGACAUCCCUCCAUUAUGGCGCAGGAUUCUUUGCUAUGUCCCAGGACUGCUGUGGCUCCUCCGCGCACUCAUGUUCUUAUACAUGGAGACAGCAUGGCCCCAGUUUAACAAGACCCGUUGGGGAAGCAGGACCCGCCAGAAAUCCGUACAAUGCAGUUUGAACUAUGUCCAAACGACCGCACCUCGUCGAUACUGGGAUAUGUUAAACCCCUCAUACGAAUUUGGGUGCAAGAGGCGCGUCUUCGACCAAGGGUAUUUGCCCUGCCUACAUCGAGAUAACAUCCGCCUUACCGACGACCCAAUUGUCGAGAUCCUACCAACCGCGAUCAGAAUCCAGUCCGGUGAUCAGAUAUCUACUGAUUCCACUCAGAUCCUCGCCACCGGCUUCAGCUCGACACAGUAUGACACCCCGCUCUAUAGCCGCGAAGGUAUAUCCCGCCAGCAGCAUUGGCAGGAACUUGGUUCCAAUAUGGCGUUUGAGUCUGUCGCGAUGCACAGCUUUCCGAAUUUCUUCUACAUCCUGAGCCCUCGUUCGGGACGCGGGCACACGUCGACUUUAUUCUCUAUCGAAAAGCAAUGGUCGAACCUUGAUUACACUCCCACUUAUUCCAGCGGUAAGGUGCUCUUCAAGACCAGAAAUCAGUCUGCGGCCGCUCGCAGUGGGUCCUCUGAUCUGAUCGUGGUCGCAUAA